AAACUAGUACUAACCGCCUUGUAAAAUCAUUAUCCACUGACCUAUUACUACAUCUAUCGCAUGCUGGACUAACUAUUGUGAUGUGUAAUAUAAUAAGAGAUGUCUAGUUUCGGCGUAGGGGUGUAUUGUUUGGCGGUGAUUUGGUUUGUAACGUUUAUGCUGUGUUGGGUGUCGGUGCGUACGGGUCACUACGUCGGGAAAAUCGCGGUGCCAGUGUCUGCAGUGAUAACCGUUGUGUUAUUAGCUUUGCCAAAAGGGGAGGGCAGUAGUUCUGCCAAUUUUUACGAUAGACUGUUCGUGUUUAGAUUCGCUGUUCUGUCGUUCUUGCUGGCUAGUGUGGUUGUUGGUUGCGCGUACUGCGUCGCUCAUGUGUGUUUGACUCCUCUUGAAACUACUAAAAUAAGACGAUUGGGCUCUAUUAAUUAAGUUUAAGGACACCAUGUCGUCCGCGCUGAGUCGCGGGCUCUGCUCGCCGCUGCGGCUAGCGGCGCGUCGCUCCAUCUCCACGUCCAUCGUACACAACGAGACCAUACUGGUCAAGAACAAUGAGGAGUUCGUCAACAAGGUGAUGAACAACGACAAACCAGUCAUAGUGAACUUCCACGCGGAGUGGUGCGAGCCAUGCAAGAUCCUCACCCCGAAGCUUCGAGAGCUGAUUGAGCCACUAGGCAACCUGGACUUGGCUGUGGUGGACGUGGAAGAUAAUGCUGAGCUGGUACACACGUUUGAGGUAAAAGCAGUUCCAGCUGUGAUAGCCAUCAAAAACGGUCUGAUAGUGGACAAGUUCAUCGGCCUGGUCGAAGCCGACAUGAUCACCAACCUCAUCGACCGGAUGUCCGGUAAAAAGAAAGAUGGCGCGUAAAUACCUGCUCAGCUAAGUAUGGAGUGUGGGAGGGAAACUAAAGACAGUUAUUUUAUCACAGAGUAGAUAAUAGUCAAUAUAGAGCAAAGUGUAAGUACCUUUUUCCUAGGACAGAAAGAAGAGACACGAAAAUUCACAAAGGCUUAAAAUCGUAGAUGUUUUACUUGUUAGGGGUGUCACAGCAGUACAAUUUUACAUUUUGAUUUGAAACUCUGAAUUGGACUGUGGUGAGAGCAAGCAGGCAAAUCCGUCUCGCUUGUACGCUCAGUGAGAGUGAGAGAGACCACGAACCUACGAGGUCUUAAUCCUCAACUUCCAAGGAUCUAAAUUUGCCAGAUAAAAAUCUGGAAGUUUUGCGAAUAUUUCCAAAAUGUCUACUGAAUUAUCUUUGUCAAAGUUGUUUUAUAAUAUGAAUUCGCUUUCAAUUCUCACACUUCAUGUUUCUUUAUUGUUAUACUAUUGUCAAGAAUCCUUUUUUUAUUUGGUGAUGUGGCUGAAAGAGUACCUAUAAUAGUUAUUUACAGUACAUAUGUUGCUACUUUACCACACUAGCAUAUUACGUUACUGUGUCGAACAUUUAAAGGGCCAUAUGUACUGUAAAACGUUGUACGAUACAUGUGCGAAGAGGUAAUUCGCAACUCGUGCUGAUUUAAAACACUCCCUUCGGUCGUGUUUUAAUUUAUCGCCACUCGUUUCGAAUUUCCUAUUUUUCGCACUUGUAUCGUAAUACUACAUUACGAUAAUAUAUAUGACCCUUCAAAUUUUCGACAUAGUUACAUAAUGUGCUAAAUUACGCACUAGUGCUGUAUAGGUACUGUAAAAACGUUUUUUGAGGCCCGUUUUUUGGUAUGAAAUAGUACGUAGUACCCAAUUUGUAAAUAAGUUACGUGUUGUCAUAUUUUUGUAUUCGUUGUUGUGUAGGUAGCAAUUAAUUUGUUCAAGCAAUAAUUUUAUAAUUGGUUAAAUAUAAGUUAUCUCGCAAUUUUCGUGAUAUAAGUAGAUAGAUUGAUUGUUAUAUUGUGUUCAUGUGCCCAAUAAGAUAUAGUCAAUACAAAUCUGGUCCUUGUUUUUUUUCUCUAAUACUAAAAUGACUGUUUAUUUGCCCCCAUUAUUGGUUUAUUUUGCCAAAAGUAAAAUAAUUGGAUUGUAUUUUUUAUACCACGUCGGUGGCAAACAUUAUUCGGCCCGCCUGAUGGUAAGCAGUCACCGUAGUAUCAGGAAUAUAAAAAUACAGCUUAGACAAUCUAGUAAACUUGAUGUAAAAUAAAUAUUUUAUAAUUUUUGUGUACCUUACAAUAUAACAUAUUUUUGACUACUGUAAUACUUCUGAAUAACUCAGUACAAUAAUUUAUAUAUUGAAUUUUAUUAAAAAAUAUUAGGCUAUUGCUAUCAUAAAAAAAACACUAAUCAAAGCCUAGUCUAUGUAAGACUGUUUUAUUAUAUUCAUAAACUAUACAUCUAAGUAUAAUUUACUAUAUAUUUCAAAUAUUUCUGGUACAGUCUAUAAGAGCCACUAUUAUUACGUAGUUUGUGUAGCAGUAGAAACAUAGAACAGGAAUGUAAAUUCCUGUUAAAAACCUAGAAUUUAAUGUAAACUGAGAUAUAAUACUGAUCAGUAUUGGCCGAACGUUAAUUAGAAUUGAAAAUAUUGAAAAUUAACAAUUACAAAUUGAACCGUAAACUUAACCGUCCGUUACGGUUUACGGUUCAAUUUUUGAUGGUUAAUGUUCAAUAUUUUCAAUUCUAAUUAACGUUUGGCCAACACUGAUACUGAUAAGAGUCAUCUUUGGAAAAACUAUGAUAGCUGUCUUAAGCCUUUUCCAGACCGAACCAAUCUACAAGGUUUUCCCAAAAAAUGCCCGGCUUUGAUGAUUAAUUUGAAAAGCCACAUUUCCCGAGAGUCCAAACUAAUUUUAACCUUAAACCGGAUUGCUAGGGUUGACAUUCUCUUGGCGCGUAUGUAGUCGAUAAAUCAUACUAUGUCUGGAAAAGGGACUUGUAAACAGCCGCAGCUGCAGGGAUUAAACAUUUGAAAUAGUUUCACUGUUUAAUGUUGGCCUUGUCUAUGACGUUUUUAGAAAUAUAAAUAGGUUUAAAAUUGAAGUAUCUGUAAUUCUCUAUACUGUACCGCACUGGACAUAUCUCAGCUUCGCUGGCCUUCAAACUAGCUAGACUUUCCCUGAAUACUGUACAUGUAGUUAAAAAUGCCGUAGAUAAAAAUGACACUAAUAGCGCUUGCAUACGAGUAACUUUUGCAAGCAGCUUACACCUUCACCUGCACGGUGUGCGCCGUGUGCAAAUAAUAUAGGAUUCUGUAAAUAAUGCAAUAAAUAACAGUUACUUGCCACAAAGUUCAAAAUUGAAUAACAAUGAUCGUAAAACUUUAGGUAGCCUAUCGCGGCUGUAAUGGUUUGUUAGAAGUAGAUCUGUCUUUAGUGUGCUAUCUCUAAUACAGGGAUUAUAGCUUUCUCGAAUGUUGUAGGUACUAAAAUUAGUAUAAAAUACGAUACCUUGACGUUUAUCAACGUCACUAUGUCAUCCUUCGAGACGUAUUUAGACGUCAUUGGGUACUAAAUUAUUGCUUAUAUGUUAAAGGCACCAAUCAUGGGACAUUUAAGAGAAAAUUUGGAGUAUUUUUGAUAUUUCACUGACAUCUGUAAAAUUUCUACCGCUUUAUGCUUUAAAAGUUGAAUAUCCAAUUCGUCCUUUAAGUUUUCUAUGUAUUGAAUGAAAGCUACUGCAAUUGGUUUUAAUAUUAUUAACCAAUUAAAACUAUGGUUUUUUGCUCCAGUCAUGGAAUGUAUGGAGCCAUUAAUUUUCAAACUAUCAAAUGUCAAUGAAAAAUUUAACUUAAGCAGCUCUUUGGCUCUUGUUUAUGGUAAAAUGUUGCCAGCGAUUAAAAACUGAUGGUAAAUACUUGUUUUGCAGGAUUUGUCUAUACCAUCCCAUUACUGGUGCCUGUUCCAUUAUAGAGGUGUUUACUAUAAUAUAAUGCUGCAUGAUUCUUUACGCUGCUUUUUGUAUACCUUUAUGUAUUACCACAGUUUUAUAAUUUCGAUAACUUUAUACAGACUAGGCAAAUAAAACACUAAUAGAACAAUAAGUUGUGAAUAAUUACAGUUUUUGAGGUGCUAUGUAUCCAUCCCACUGUUAUACAUUUUACAUUAUUUUGCAUAUGCAUAGGUGGAGCGAAUUUAUUAAUUUAGUAGGUUCCUACAGUUAAACUUACUUACAAGAAUAAAAAUCUCUAAAAUAUCUGUUAUUUUCUCUGUCAACGGAAACAGUUAUGUCAAAAUCAAGACAGACAGUCAUAUACAUGAAUUGUCGAUCAUUUUGGAGUUUUUCAUACUUGUAAAUAUAGUUGACUGUACAAUGUAAUAAAAUCAGUGCAUUUUGUUGCUAUUCAUUGAAUAGAUAUAAACCCUAGUGUAAUUGUAGUAAAUUCACAAUUAUGUAGUAAGUAACACAUAGGUUAGCUGGAGUAAGAACGGUUGGUGAGACUCUUUUUAAUUUGGCAUAUAAAAAAGUCACACACGCCAAUACAAAGCUACUUGAAAGCAUAAAGGUUACCUUGACAUAGGGUUGUCAUCCGUCCGGGUUUCCCUGGAUUUAUCCUAGUUUAGAGGGCGUCCGGGGGGGGGGGGGGGUCCUUCCUUUGUAGUCCAGGUUUAAAAAAUUUAAGUCUUAGGCCGCCCGCGACACACGCACAUCCUGUUGACGUGUCCGGGUUCUGGACUUUAAAAUCCGGGGUUUUCACGCGGCUUGUCCUGGUUUCCAAAUUUUAGAGAUGGCAACCCUUGAGGCAUAACAGCUUAAGGCAUAACUAAGUUCUCGGCGCUAUGAACAGAAUCUCACGACGCCGUCAAGGGUUUUGGCGUUCAAUGCGUUUUUCUAUACCUACUCUUAAAAAUCGAAAUUUGUCCUCAAGUUCCGCCAGCCGUUUUUAACUCGGGUAAACGUAAUAGUAGAAAAUGGAUUGUAAACAAAUGACCACACUGGCUAAGCCGGUGGUAAGUUAGAUAAGUAUAGUUCGGAGCAGACUGGAUAGUUGACAUGAAGUUCAGUUGGCUCCCUUUAAUUUUGAUCAAUUUUAGUACAAAACUAUUGCAUAUUUAUGUCUAAAGUGAAGGACUAGAUGCCUAGCGCAUUGACAGCACAGAUGUCAUAUUCUUUUAAAUUAGGAAGGGGCUACCCUUUCAUUUUAGCGGUAUCUCUAAAAGGGAAACCCCUUCCUAGAGCCAAGACAAAUGAACAGGUAAACAAUUAAAAGGGACUAUUCGAUAAACGACUAAGCCAUUUAAAGGUUUUUUCUGUGAAGGGGUGGACGGGUCCCUGAUAUCUACCACCAAUGUAAGACAGAUAAAAAGUAGUCGUUGACAAGAUUACAUGCAAGCCCUUGACAACUUUAAAUGAAACUUCAUGUCACUUAUUUAGUCUAUCGAAAGCUUGUGGUUUAUAGAUCUUAUGCGCUGAGCUUGACGUGUCAUACUUUAGUAGUAAGUAGUAAAACAUAAAGACCACUAUCGGGUCCAUUUUACUCAAGAGUAGUAGUCCUUCGUACCCUAUUCGUCCACCGUACAUUUAUUUAUGUAUGUACAGUCAACAGCAGAUUUAUGACGAAAAAAGGCUUAUAAAAUCCAUAAAGUUCAUAGACAGAGGUCGCUAAGACAAACCUGUGACUUCAUGCCCAGCCGAUUUCGCACACACACACACGCACAUACUCCUUAUCGGGUUGGAGCCAUUCAUCGCUUAGCCCUCGAGUUGUGAAUGUGUGCGUAUCGAGCGAGAAACCUGCGUGUUAGAGUCUCCCCACAUAAGUAUAUCGACGCGGAAUCGGCAAAAGCCGAUAUAAAUAAAAAAGCUUUAUGUUAAAAACGAAAAAACCGUUCGGCUCGCGUAGACGUCUUUUUCGUUCUUCUUGCGUAGACACAGUUUUUUCUAUAUUGGCCAUUGCCGAUUCCGCGUCGAUUUAUGAGCGGAGACCCUUAAUAAAUUACAGUUUUGCGGAACGACUGUGAUAAAAUCACACAAAAUUACUGCCAAUUUGAAUGGCAUAAAUUGAGCCUUUUUGAGGUAUUACAUUUUGAAUAGUAAUUUUUUUAAGUAUAAGACAAUAUUUACAAAAUUAUAAAUAGUUCGUAAUUUUCUAAACUUACGAAACUUAUCUGCUGUUGACUAAAAAGCCAUAAAAAUGUAGAAAUAUCGACGUGUCCAAAUUCGAGAACGUGUAGGUAUAUUGUAUCAUGGAUAAAUUCACAUCCACAGUAGUUAACAUCAUAAAAUUUAGAGAUGUUGGAUUCAUCUGCGAUUUUGACUUGUCUAUAAAUUUGGUUAUUUAUAGUUUAACAGAUUAUGAAGUGUUUUUAGAAUAAAUAAGAAUAUUUUCUUCAA